AUGACUCUUGGAAAUUUACGAGACCUCGAAAUACUACACUUGGCAUACAACCCUUUGACAAAUGAUCCAUCAAUGCUCGAAUUGGAUUUUCUCAUUCCGUUGAAAAAUUGUAGGCAGUUGAGGAUCAUAAGGAUUGGGAAUAAUUCAUUUGAUGGAAUGCUACCGAAAGCCAUAGGGAAUUUGUCAUCAUCUCUUGAAACCUUCUAUGCCUAUUAUUGUGGCAUCAAAGGUAUGAUUCCAAAUGAAAUUGGUAAUAUGACCAAUUUGAUCGCCUUAGAUUUAGGAGGAAAUGAGUUGAUAGGAACAAUUCCUCACACAUUAGGUCAAUUGAGGAUGGCUCAAGUGUUGCAGAUUGAUGGAAAUAAAUUACAAGGGCCUAUACCAGUCACGUUUUGCAAUUUGACAAAUCUUUACGUCCUCAAAUUGAAGGAAAAUAAUCUCUCUGAACAGAUUCCGAGUUGUUUUGGAAAUCUUACUUCUUUACGAGAAAUUCAUUUAUCUUACAACUCAUUGACUUCUAUCAUCCCAUCAACACUGUGGACUAACAAGGAUGUUUAA